AUGGAUCCGAUCAAAUCUGCGGAGUGUGGGACCUCUGAACAUGGAUGGACGACAGUCGAGAGCCGCCGGAAGCAAAAACAGUUGGCGAAGCAGAAUAAUGAACUGGAUAAUGAACGGAGGAAGGAGAGGCAUAAUAAGCAUCUGAAGGCGAAGGAAAUCAAAAAGCCCGAAGCUGCGAAAAACAACUUCCCGGAUUCUGAAAGUGAAAAGCCGAAACCGGACGAGUUUCGUUGGCCGGAUAAUUUGGAAAACAACAUCGAUUCUUCUGAAAGUCUUGAAUUUCAGAAAUGGAAUCCGGACACUAUAGUCUUGAAUUUAGUCAAUUACUUUGGGUACUAUCUCGCCGACGUAUCAUCUGAACAAUUUAAAUAUCCAUGGCGCAACAUGAACAACCUCGCCUAG